UCCUUGGCGUUCCCCAAUUCUAACCAUUGUCAACCAUUUUUUUUGACUGCUUGAAUGCAAGCCACAUUAGCUGCCAUAGUUACUAAGUAAGGGGUUGGCACGGCAGAUGACUUCUUGUACCCAUCGUUACCAAGCUUCACAUUAGCUUAGCGAUGUUCCACCUACUGCGACAGUUGCUCCAGCGCUCUGUUUUACGACGUGCUCCUUCACCGGCGCGGCAUUUUUCUCAAACUAACUUUCUCCUUCUCGAUACAACCCAGAAAUUCGAGGAAGAAACGCUUCCGUGGUAUUCGCCAGAUCGUUUCUAUCCCGUGAAUAUUGGUGAAAUUUUUCGUUCGAGAUACCAGGUGGUUGGGAAGUUGGGUUAUGGGGGGUAUUCUACAGUAUGGCUUUGCAGGGACCUACAGCAACAUGGCUACGUCACUUUGAAGGUGUGCGAGCGCGAUUCCGCCGAGGGCAUAAGAGAAAUGGAAGUCUACAAUCAUCUCAAUAGCCUCAACGCGCGCCAUGAUGGUGCCACGCUUAUUCGAACAGCGCUCGACAACUUCCAAAUAAGCUCUUUAGAAGGCAACUACCAGUGCUUUAUUCAUAUACCAUUGGGCAUAAGUCUUUAUGACUUCCGGAAUCAGCUCGCUGCGAAAGUUCUUCCUGAGAAAAUACUUAAAUUGACUUUGUUACACGUUCUUUUGGCUCUUGAUUUUCUCCACACAGAAGCAGGCAUCAUCCAUACUGACAUACAAGAAAAGAAUAUCAUGCUUGGUAUUGAAGACAAAUCAAUCCUGGCUGAUUUCGAAGAGGGCGAGAAAUCUAAUCCUAGUCCCCGGAAGAUAGUUGGCGGUCGAAUAACCUAUUCCUCACGCAAACUCAGAAGGACUAAGCAACAUGGUCGACCUAUACUAUGUGAUUUUGGCCAGGCUCGUUUUGGCUCAAGCACAUACUUUGGAGAUAUUCAGCCGUAUAUAUAUCGGGCCCCUGAAGUGAUAUUGCAGAUGCCUUGGGAUCAUAAAGUUGAUAUUUGGAAUUUGGGGGUCGUAACGUGGGACCUAUUUCAAAAAGGACAUCUAUUCUACGGUCGGGAUACAGACAAGCAGAAUUCCGAUGGCCACCACCUUGCUGAGCUGAUUGCGCUUCUUGGGCUACCACCAAAGGACAUGCUUCGAAAGAGCGACUAUGCUGCAGGAUUCUUUGAUGACGAAGGUAAUUGGAAAGGGGUCGUUCAAAUCCCAUCGAUGUCGUUGGAGGACUUAGAAGGGAAUCUCGAGGGCUCGCAAAGAAAACUGUUUCUUCAAUUUAUGCGCAAGAUGCUUCGAUGGCGACCGGAGGAAAGGGAAUCGGCAAAGGAACUCUUAUCAGAUCCUUGGUUGAGGUCUCCUUAACCUACAUCAACACGGAAAUUUUGGUUUUUUCUGUGUCCAUCCAGUUUUGAUCAUCUCUCGGCGAGACAUUUGCCCACCUAGACAGGACUCGAACACACACUUAUAUAAUCAACUUCUGUCAUAGGAUUGUAUAAUCAGCUCUUGGAGGGAAGUAUUAAUGUCCCAAGGAGUAACAAUGGUUUUCUAGGGAGUGUUGCCGCUCCCAGCUCCGUUAGCCAUGUCAACAGAUAUAUAUUCAUCUAUGUGCCUGACGGGCCAAUAAGAUGCCCAAAACAACCUAGAAGUCACUUACUGCGGGUUAGAGUAGGGGCUACGGAUAAUUGAGGGAUGUACAUAGUGAUAACGGCUUUGCAGAGUCUACAUACAUGGGACAACCGGAUAACAGCGAGGAGAAUACGCCAGUGCCUCAUUACAGCGUACGUAGAUCUAAUCCAUUCGAGCUCUACCCUGAAAUAGACGACAGCAACGAAUAGAAUAGCUGCGUGAGUAGAGUCACUGCUCUAUUAUAAAUCAGCAAUGGCAC